ACCUCUGACCUAUCGAUAUGUGGGCAGCCAAACUGUUUGUGGUCACACUGCUGCUGCUGCAUCUGGCAACGCUGGCGCUCAGCUGUUCCUGCGGCAAAGAGGCGAAUUUGGAGUGCGGAUGCACUAAACGUCACUAGAAGUCGAAAAUACUUGGGCAAUAC